CCUGGUGUAAAUGACACUACAGCACCAGCCCGGGCUGUCAAACCACUGUCAGAGGGUGAAAAUGUAAACAAUAAUACGACCUUCAACUCUGGCACAACCGUCUCGCGCAAGGGGAAAAACUUUCUCGUGCCCCAGCUAAAGUGAGUGUUGUUUGGGAUCGUUUCUCCUUGUUUCCUUACCAUUUACACUUAACACCCGCGGGCGCAGGUGAACGUUCGAUGAAAAUUCCACACUCGAACCUUGUUUCCUGCGAAGCAAACGAGCAGUCGCGCCAGCAUUUUGGUGACGUGAGCUAGAGAGAGAGAUAGAGAAAGAGGAACGGAAACAGUGCAACCGUAACGCAGCCCACCACAGCACCGUUUGGGGAGCAUGCGCCUCGAUGCACUGGUCGCAUGGUAUCAGAAGAAGAUCGGCACGUACGACAAGCAGCAAUGGGAGAAAACGAUCGAGCAGAAGAUACUGGCCGGCAUCAGCCAUCUGCCGCUGAAAAACACCAAGCUGAAAACGGAACUGAUCGAUGUGGAUCUGGUGCGUGGUUCGACCUUUCCGAAGGCGAAAUCGAAACUCUCCAUCCUGACCGUGCUGUAUCUGGCGGCGCUGCGCUUCCUGCUGCUGCCGGUUUACGCCCGCUGGUGGGUACAGCAAACGUCACCGGGCGUGUUUCUGCUGCUGCUUACGCUCUACCUGCUGCAAAUGCUGAACCUUGGCAUCUAUAGCUACUGUGCCCGAUCACCACCGCCACCAUCACCAUCGAGUACCGACACUGCGACGGGGAGUGACGGUGCCGAAGCUAACGCAAAGCUACCGCCAACCGAUACCGUCGAUCACAUCGUCACCAUAUCGGACUUUUUGAUUCCGCUCGCCCUCAGUCUGCUGCUGAGCGUCAUCCACUCGCAGAUCGUAGCGACCGCCUCGAACAGCAUUGGAUCGUCCCUGUUUUCGUGCGGCAAGCUGUCGCAGAAGUGUUUCUCGCACGGUUCGGCAACACCGGCCACGCCGGGCGCAGCCAGCACUGGCACAGGCACGUCCCUAUCCACACCGGCCGGCGGUGUACCGGCCGGGUUGAGCAAGAAGCAGCGCGAACAACGAAUCCGCCGCAAGCGGCGCGUUCGAGCACACUCCGAAACACAGGCGCAAUCGUCGCCCGGCCGGGCAGUGACGGCGGAGGAGCGCGAUCGGAAGAAAGCGUUCGCCAGUGUGGGUGGGUCGAAAUCGGCCACCAGCUCGCCGGCACGCACAGCGCCGAAGAAGGGCGCCUGUAGCACGAGCAGCAGCACGAGCAGUGAUGCAGUCGAGCGGGCACAGCUGGCGGAAGGGAACAACGAACAGCAACGGCAGCCGGAGGUUCUGGUAGGAAGGCGUGAGGAGAACGGCUCGCUACGCAUGGAAGAUCGAGCGCCGAACAUUCAUCGAACGGCAAACGAAACGGAAAAACACACAUCGAUCGGCGUGACCAUCAUCCCGUCGACGAACAGCUCGAGCGACCAUUCGCCACCGAACGGGCGUCGGUCGGGCGAUCAUACGCAGGAGGCGAACCCGAUGCUACUGCUGCCCUCCGGGUUGCGGCGGCGCAAUGUAAACUGGGACCCGACCGUACCGGAACGGUCCCGCGCGGGUCCGUCGUCGCUGCUGGAACCGGUCGUAGACGACGAUGGGUUCGAGAGUUUAAACGGCAAAAGCUCGGGUGGUGAGGAUAGUGCGGGGAAUGUGUUUCUCAAGGAUCACCAUCGCUACCGGAAGGUGGCUCCAUUCGGGGGGAACGAUUGGAAUGCGGCCGGUGAAACGGAAGCAAAAGACCAUCAGUCGGAUUCGGACACGGAUACGCUGAAAAAUAGUAUCACCACCACCACCACCACCAACUACAACACACCGACGAUAGCGGAACUGGAUGGCGUGCUUGAUCCGCAGCGCAAACAGUUCACGGAGGGGGGUCACACAGCUGGCUCGCAGUCGGAACUGGCACAGCACGAUACACCGCAGCACGGAGGAAGGGAGGAAUCGAAGGAGCUGGUACGGCAACGGCGCAACAAGGACUCAAGUAAGCAGCCGCUGCAACGGCGCGCCCCGACGGCGCUGUAUGACGCGGGGCCGGACGAAAAGAAGGGACUGGGGACGAGCUGCAGCGACGAGACGGACGAAGAGAACAACGAGUACGAUUUGCAUUCACCGUCGCCGCCCCACCUGCAUCUGCUGCACUCAUCGCCGCCGCUUCGCGCGCACCACCCCCAUCAGCCGAUGGUGGGUCCGGUGGUACGGCCGUCUCCGGCCGGUUCGUCCCCGUCGCCGCACCACCACCACCACCAUCUGCUUUACCUGCAUCAUCGUCAUCAUCAGGCGGCCGCCGUAGUGCAGCCGGCGGCGGCGGCCCAUUCCCAUCAUACGCUUCAUCCGCAUCAGCAUCACUUUCACCAUUCGCCCUCCGUACUGACCGAAGGCGAAGAAUGCAGCUACAGCUCGGAGCUGGACCAUUCCGACACGCAGAACGAACACUCCGACGACGACUACGAGCUCGAGGACGUCCCGACCCUGAUCCUCAACCCUGCCUGCGGUGCGAACGAUCGCGUCAGCUGCACCAUCUGGGAGGCGCGCGAGGCAAAGAAAGCCGAAAUGUCCGUGCUGGACAUCUCGUCCGCCAUCAUCGAGCGGGUCGAGGCCAUGCCGGAAUCCUGCGACUACGUCUACAUCGGCGUCGUCCUCAGCGUGUUCCUCUCGCUCGUGCCCGCCUUCUGCCGGCUGUGCGAAGCGACCGUCGAUUCCACCAACUCGACCGAGGUGAACUUUCUCGACAUGCCCGUCAUCCUGUUCGAGAAGGCGUCCUUCUCGCUGCUCGCCAUCCUGCGGUUCGCGUUCGGCGAAACCACCUGGGAGCGGUUCGUGCUCGUGCUCGGCUUUCUGCUGCGGCUCGUGCUUACCUUUCUGGUGUUUUUCCUGCUCGCCGUGGCGGAGCGCACGUUCAAGCAGCGCUUCCUGUACGCGAAACUGUUCUCCCACCUAACGUCCUCGCGGCGUGCCCAAAAGUCGGGCAUACCACACUUUCGCCUCAACAAGGUGCGUAACAUCAAGACGUGGCUCUGUGUGCGCUCGUAUCUGAAGCGGCGCGGCCCACAAAACUCGGUGGACGUGAUCGUGUCCGCCGCGUUCAUCAUUACGCUGCUGCUGCUGGCGUUCUUGAGCGUGGAAUGGUUGAAAGAUUCGGUGCACCUGCACUCACAGUUCAACCUGGAGGCGCUCACCUGGUCCUGUGCCUUUGGCACGUUUCUGCUCCGCUUCAUGACGCUCGGUACGAAGAUUAACAAAAAGUACAAGAGCGUCUCGGUGCUCAUCACGGAGCAGAUUAAUCUCUACGUUCAGAUUGAACAGAAACCAAACAAAAAAGAAGAACUGAUGAUAUCGAACAACGUGUUAAAGUUGGCAGCUGAUCUCCUCAAGGAGCUGGAAUCUCCGUUCAAAAUCUCCGGUCUCAGUGCAAACCCGUAUCUCUACACCACCGUCAAGGUGGUCAUACUGUCCGCCCUUUCCGGUGUGUUGAGUGAAAUGUUAGGCUUCAAGCUGAAACUUCACAAAAUUAAAAUUAAGUAAAAGUGUUUUAAAGUUUGCCCAAUCUCCUGCGCGGCCUCUCCGUAAUGCAUUUCCUCCUAUACCGAUUAUUUUAUUUUCCCCGAAGGAAGGUGUAGCCAAUACUGUAAUAGCUUGUUUUUUUUUACAAUUUUAUUUUUAAAUUAUGUGCAA